UCCAUACAAGUCGCUGCGGCUAUGGAACGAUAUGACAUCGAUUAUUUACGUCUGGUUAUAAUGGUUUUCAUCGAAAAGCGGACGCGAUGAAGCCCUGGCAGAUGUUUAUUACAACUUUAUUAUUGUCUUAAAUUAAGACUGAUAGUAUAUUUGACCGGCCAUAUUGGUUUUCAGUAAUCAGGCAGAGUUAUAUCAAGAAUAUAAACUGCCUCGAAACGCAAAAGCUGAAGCAGAUCAAGUGCAGGGUCUGUGCUCUAGGCCCUGCAGUUUAUUUCCCAUCGCCUGACAAACCUGAAUUUUUAAUUUUAUAUCCGCUUUGUUUUAUUCACUACGGUUUUGCAUAACACUUCGUCGAUUACUGAAGAUGGACACAGACAAGUUUAACUAUGUGUAUAGUUGCGAUAUGGACAUAAACGUCCAACUGAAAAUAGGCAGUCUGGAGGGCAAGAGAGAGCAGAAGAGCUAUAAAGCUCUGCUUGAGGACCCCAUGCUGCGAUUCUCAGGACUCUAUCAGGAGAGCUGCUCCGACCUGUAUGUCACCUGUCAGGUGUUUGCUGAGGGCAAGCCACUCGCUCUGCCAGUACGAACAUCUUACAAAGCCUUCAGCACUCGCUGGAACUGGAACGAGUGGCUUAGGCUGCCGGUGAAGUACCCUGACCUGCCUCAGAGUGCCCAGGUGACUCUAACUGUUUGGGAUGUGUAUGGACCCGGCCGAGCCACACCUGUUGGGGGCACUACGGUCACCCUGUUUGGGAAAUAUGGAAUGUUCCGACAGGGCAUGCAUGAUCUGAAGGUCUGGCCGGGUGUGGAGGGUGAUGGCAGUGAGCCCACUAGUACACCAGGAAGGACCAGCAGCACUCUGGCAGAGGACCAGAUGGGCCGCCUGGCCAAGCUAACAAAAGCUCAUCGUCAGGGUCACAUGGUUAAAGUAGACUGGCUGGAUCGCUUGACCUUCAGAGAGAUUGAAAUGAUCAAUGAGAGUGAGAAACGUAGCUCUAAUUUCAUGUACCUCAUGGUGGAAUUCCCCCGUGUCAAAAGUGGAGAACGAGAAUACAGCAUUGUUUAUUACGAAAAGGAUGCAGAUGAAUCCUCCCCUUCGCCGACCAGUUCAGAUAUUGUGAAAGUCCCUGACCCUCAGAUGUGCAUGGAGAACCUUGUGGAGAGUAAGCAUCAUAAACUGGCUCGUAGUUUGCGCAGUGGACCAUCUGACCAUGAUCUCAAACCUAAUGCAGCCACGCGUGAUCAACUCAAUAUCAUAGUGAGCUACCCACCCACUAAACAGCUGAGCUCUGAGGAACAGGACCUUGUGUGGAAGUUUAGAUACUACCUCACCACACAGGAAAAGGCUUUGACUAAGUUCCUGAAGUGUGUGAACUGGGAUCUGCCCCAGGAGGCCAAACAGGCCCUGGAGCUGCUAGGAAAGUGGCGGCCGAUGGAUGUGGAGGAUUCCCUGGAGCUGCUGUCCUCUCAGUUCACCAACCCCACAGUCAGACGCUACGCUGUCGCGAGGCUGCAGCAGGCUGAUGAUGAGGAUCUGCUAAUGUACUUGCUCCAGCUGGUGCAGGCAUUGAAAUAUGAGAACUUCAAUGAUAUUCAGGGCGGUUUGGAGCCUGCCAGUAAGAGAGACAGUCAAGGGGUUCUGACAGAGAGCUCAGCAAUAGGAGACAGUUCCCAGAUGGCAUCGACCGUCACUGUGAUGCCCAGCACGCAGAAAGGCAAAGAGGGAACAGAUGGUGAGAAUCUAGAGCAAGAUCUUUGCACCUUCCUUAUAUCACGUGCCUGCAAAAACUCUACACUGGCAAACUAUUUAUACUGGUAUGUAAUUGUGGAGUGUGAGGAUCAGGACACACAGCAGAGAGACCCCAAAACCCAUGACAUGUACAUCAAUGUAAUGCGGCGGUUCAGUCAGGCUCUGCUCAAGGGUGAUAAGAGUGUGAGAGUGAUGCGCUCCCUUCUGGCCUCCCAGCAGACGUUUGUAGACAGAUUAGUGCAGCUCAUGAAGGCCGUUCAGAGAGAGAGUGGAAACCGCAAGAAAAAGACGGAGCGAUUACAGAGCUUGCUGGCUGAUAAUGAGAAGGUGAAUCUGUCAGAGAUCGAGCCCAUCCCUCUUCCUCUGGAACCGCAGAUCCGCAUCAAAGGCAUCAUACCUGAGACUGCAACACUCUUUAAGAGCGCUCUAAUGCCAGCAAAGCUCAUCUUUAAGACAGAGGAUGGGGAGCAAUAUCCUGUCAUUUUUAAACAUGGAGAUGACCUGAGACAGGACCAGCUCAUCCUGCAGAUUAUUUCACUCAUGGACCAGUUGCUGAGGAAAGAGAAUUUGGACCUGAAGUUGACUCCAUACAAAGUUCUGGCUACCAGCACCAAACAUGGUUUUAUGCAGUUUGUGCAGUCAGUACCUGUGGCUGAGGUUUUGGCAACUGAAGGCAACAUUCAGAGUUUCUUCCGAAAGCACGCUCCGAAUGAUAAGGGGCCAUACGGCAUCAGCUCUGAAGUCAUGGACACAUAUGUUAAAAGCUGUGCGGGCUAUUGUGUCAUCACAUACAUCCUAGGGGUUGGAGACAGACAUCUAGACAACUUGCUUCUCACAAAGACUGGGAAGCUGUUUCAUAUUGAUUUUGGAUAUAUUUUGGGUCGGGACCCUAAACCCCUGCCACCCCCCAUGAAGCUGAGCAAGGAGAUGGUGGAGGGGAUGGGGGGCAUGCAGAGUGAACAAUACCAGGAGUUCAGGAAACAGUGCUACACUGCCUUCCUGCACCUGCGCAGAUAUUCAAAUCUCAUUCUGAAUCUGUUCUCUCUGAUGGUGGAUGCAAAUAUUCCAGACAUUGCACUGGAGCCUGACAAAACUGUAAAAAAAGUUCAGGACAAAUUUCGAUUGGACCUCUCAGAUGAAGAGGCGGUGCAUUAUAUGCAAAGUCUGAUUGAUGAGAGCGUAGGUGCUUUGUUUGCUGCAGUGGUUGAACAGAUACACAAAUUUGCACAGUAUUGGCGCAGAUGAGGUGAUGUCAUGGAGGCUGAUUCUCACAUUAUCAGUGAGCAACAGAUAGAUGGACUGCAGCAACAAAUGAAUGAUGGAGAAGAGAAAUGGACACGUGCCAAGGCCACACUAGUGACAUCAUGUUUUCACCAUUCAUGCACUAGGUCUUGACUCUGCUGAAUAUCUUUGUAAAUAUAAAAUUGUAAUAAAAUUAACUGUAUAUGUAAAAAAAAAAAAAAGACAGCCAAAUAAAGAU